AAAAAACGAUAUGGCCGAUAAGGUGGAAUGUCAAUUUUGACAGAUUAGGUUAUUGUUAUUUGUAGGUAUUGUUUUAUAAUAUUUUUACAUUAAACAAUAAUUUUAUGCUGCCUAAUAAGGGGUAUAAAGAUAAAUAUAUAAACACCCCACCAAGUAAUCAACAAAAAUCAACCAUGAAAAAAAAGGUAUUAUUAAUGGGUAAAAGCGGUUCAGGAAAAACCAGCAUGCGUUCUAUAAUUUUCGCGAAUUAUAUUGCAAGAGAUACACGAAGAUUAGGAGCUACAAUCGAUGUAGAACACUCUCAUGUUCGUUUUCUUGGUAAUCUCGUUUUAAACUUGUGGGAUUGUGGUGGACAAGAAGCUUUCAUGGAAAAUUACUUCGCCUCGCAAAGAGAUAAUAUCUUCCGUAACGUUGAGGUUCUCAUCUACGUUUUUGAUGUUGAAAGUAGAGACCUCGACAGCGACAUCCAUUAUUAUCAAAAUUGUUUAGAAGCGAUCAUGCAAAAUUCGCCAGAAGCAAAAAUUUUUUGUUUAAUCCACAAGAUGGACCUCGUCAGCGAAGAUCAACGUGAAAUUAUUUUUAGGGAACGAGAAGCGGAUCUAAAACGCGCUUCAAAACCACUCAAAUGUACAUGUUUUCGAACAUCAAUUUGGGACGAAACUUUGUAUAGAGCUUGGUCGAGUAUCGUUUACAUGCUAAUUCCGAACGUAGAGGCUUUAGAAAGUAGUUUACAACAAUUCGCAAAUAUCGUAGACGCCGACGAGGUGCUUUUAUUUGAAAAGGCCACAUUUUUGGUCAUUUCACAUUGUCAAAGGAGGGCGCAUCAAGACGUUCAUCGUUUCGAAAAAGUUUCAAACAUAAUUAAACAAUUUAAAUUAUCCUGUUCGAAAUUAGCGGCGCAAUUUCAAAGCAUGGAAGUGAGAAAUUCCGCUUUUGCCGCUUAUAUCGAUUUGUUCACAACGAACACUUACGUUAUGGUUUGUAUGUCUGAUACGGUUAUUCCAUCUGAAGUUACGCUGAUUAAUAUUCGAAAUGCUAGGAAACAUUUUGAGAAAUUGGAAAAGGUUACUAGUACAACCCCAAUUGCUCAUCGUUAGUCAUUUAAUGUGGUGAUAAUUAUUUUUGCAUCUCUAUAUUUGUGGUGAUGUAAUUUUUUUUGCCUUUUAAGAAGUUUUAUUGAGUAUAUGUUAUUAUUAAAAAGUAAAGAAAAUAUAUCUUUGAUUAAGAUUUGUUUAA